AUGAAGAUCCCAGCCGGCGCAGUGUUGCCGCUGGCUCCUUGGAUUGCACCCAAGGCGGCACUAAGAGGUGUCCAGGAUGUCACUUCCGAGUCCGCUCGGGCAGUCAUCCGUGCUGCCGGCGCUGGUUCCACCUGUGAAUGGUUCCCGCAACCGAUAGACCACAAGAACCCGGACCUCGGAACCUGGCAGCAGCUGUACUGUGUCAACCCCCAGUGGUGGGCUCCGGGCGCUCCGGUCGUUGUAAUGACGCCAGGAGAGAUGCCCAUUACAUCGGCCAUUAAUUCCGGCUUUGGUUACUCGUAUUUGAGCAACACGACCAUGUCCGGCACGUACGCUGAGACUCUCGGGGCAGCAGCGGUUGUGGUUGAGCAUCGGUACUUCGGCGGAUCCUCUCCGUACGAUGGGUUUGACUCCGAAACCCUCCAAUACCUCACCAUGGAGCAGGCAGCAGAAGACAUUGUAAACUUUGCCAAGAACGUUGUCUUCCCAUUCGACAAGGAGCAGACCAGUGUGGCCACCAAGACGCCCUGGGUAUACUGGGGAGCGUCCUACGCAGCAACACUCGGCAGCUGGAUUGAGCACUUCCACCCCGGCGUCUUUCACGCUUUCCACCUUAGCAGCGCCACCGUGGAAGCCAACACUGAUAACUGGUAUUACUAUGACACCAUCAGAAAGGGAAUUGAUGCCUACCGCAACGACACGAGCUGCAGUCUCGCUCUCACUGAAGUCGCCGCCUUUGUUGAUAGCAUCCUCUUAGAGUCCCCCCAAAACCAGACGAAGGUGGACGCACUGAAGCAGUAUUUUGGCGCCACGUUCCCCAUCGCCGAUGACGAUUUUGCCUACACAAAGUCCUCGGUCCCCAUCUCCGCCUCGGUGGGCAACUACGCGGCCUACUUCCGGUUCAACUUCCGCGAUUCCACAUGCACCUACUUCGACACCUGGGGCCAAGACGACCCGCUCUGGUGCCUCAACACGCAUGACCUGCUCAACCCAUUCUUCGAGGCGCGCACGCUGGGCAACCCCUGGCGGACGUGGUAUUGGUUCCUGUGCAACGAGCCGCUGGCGUCGUGGGCGACGGGCGCGCCCCCGGGUUCCCCUUCCAUUGUCUCCCGCAAGAUCGAUUCCGCCUACUGGCAGCGCCAGUGCGAGAUGCAUUUCCCGCCCGUCGAUGGGCUCAAGUAUGGUAGCUCGAAUGGCAAGACGCCGGAUAGUUUGAACUUGGCGACGGGCGGGUGGGGCAGGAAUUCGACGAGGGUGAUUUGGACUAGCGGUGAAUUUGACCCCUGGAGAGCGACGGGCAUGUCAAGCGAGGUUCGCCCCGGCGGCCCGCUCGAGUCGUCUGACAAUGUGGCCGUCUUUGUCAUAAAGAACGCCGAGCACUCUGACGAUGCUUUCACGCCGAGGGCGCUAGCCAAUCUGGGUAUAAAGGUUAACCCGGACGUGGUCAGGGUCCAGGAGCAGUCGAUCGAGCUCAUCAAGAAAUGGGUAAGCCAGUACUUGGUGAGCAAUGGGGGGGCGUAG